GCCGUUCUGCCCUAAUAUAGACUAUUUAAAUCCCCCUUUAUUUGUACAUUUCAUUAUUUGGUUGUUUUUGCAGCACAGCACUCGGAUUUGCGUUGCAGGGUUUAGGGUUUUAGCCGGGGUAUGUACAGGGUUCGAUCCUACGAACUCGCAUAUUCAAGCUAGGGAGAGGUCAAAGCUUCCUAUUCAUUGGGCAGGGGAAAAUGGCUUUCGCCAAUAAAUUGGGAAGCCUUCUAAGGCAAUCUGUACUAAAGCACACUGGUUCAAGUGCUUCAGCAUCCAUGCCUUCCAUAUUUAAUGCUGUGCGUUACAUGUCAUCUUCAAAGCUCUUCAUAGGAGGGCUAUCUUGGGGUGUGGAUGAUUCGUCCCUGAGAGAAGCAUUCAGUGAUUUUGGUGAGGUGAUUGAAGCAAGAGUUAUCUUGGAUAGAGACAGUGGUAGAUCAAGAGGCUUUGGUUUUGUCAGCUUUACUAACACUGAGGAAGCUUCAGCUGCAAUGUCGGCAAUGGAUGGCAAGGAAAUUCAAGGUCGUAGUGUUCGUGUUAACUAUGCAACAGAGAGAACUGGAGGCUUUGGUGGAGGUGGUGGUGGCUAUGGUGGGGGUGGCGGCUAUGGUGGUGGCGGAGGCGGUGGUGGUUAUGGCGGAGGUGGUGGUAGUUAUGGUGGAUCUGAUGAUUUUGGUGGUGGUGGCAGGUCCCGUGAUGGAUUUGACGAGGACAAGAGUUACUGAUCCUGUGGGGAGAAGGAUGAAUCCCGGGUUAAUUAAAGUUUUGCUGAUUGAGCAUUUUGAUCAAUUGUUGCACAUCUAUUGUUGGAUUCAUGUUUGCCAUUUGUUCCUGGUUAGCACUUGGUUACUGUUAGCCUAUUUUUUUACUGUGGAUAUAUGUGGGGACUAUAUAUUGAUGGUACAAGUAAACAGUUUAGGCACUGUGUCUGAAGCUUACUGGCCAAAGUGUAACUAUGGUGCAAACUAGUUUAUUGCCAAGUGUUCUUUUCUGAAGUUUGAAAUGAAAGAUUUUGAAUAUUGAAAGCUUAUUA